AUGGAUGAAACAAUUUUGAAUGGUUGUGAUGCUUUGUCUUCAACAAUGAAUGCCUCAACAGCUCGGACACCAAGAAGUUUUUUCAAAGAUGCUGGCAUUGAUGGAGUAAAUGAAGAAAAUGGUGAUCGUGUAUUUCUUUCUCCUGGUUCAAAUUUGCAAAUGAAUGGGAUAGUUAGUGAUAAAAGAAGUCGAAUGAUUGAAAGACUUAACAAAAGAUAUAAUAAAAAAAAUACAAUUAUAGAGGAAGAAGUUGAGGUUUGUAACUUCAGUAAUCAUAUUUUUGAAGAUAAAGAAAAUAUUGACUUUGAAGCUCGAAAGAGACGUAGACUUGCCGCUUUAGAGAGGAGGAAUAAAUCAAGAGAAAAAGCAGCUGAACGUUUUAGACAGGAAAGAUUAGAAAAAGAAGCUCAUAUUGAUGUGUUGGAGACAACGAAAAAGUUUUUGGGAGAAGGUGCUGUUACUGUACCUUCCGGUACAAUAGCUGAUGUCAACUUAACGGUUACAUACACUGAAUCAAUUUUAAGUACGACAAAGUUGCUAUCUGAAACUAUAGUUGUUGAAUCAAAGGAAGAAAUUGAAAAAAGAAAUGCCAUAGCUUUAACUUCAUGGAUUAAUUAUUUAAUAGGAGUUAGCAAAGAUAACUCAGAAGAUAUUCAUGCUUUUUCAGAAAAAGCUCGAAACAAAGCUGAUGAAAUUCUAAGAAAUGUUUUAAAAAAUCCUGAAGUGCCAACUGAUCAUUUAGUUAAUUUAAAUGAAUCAUCAGGAUUAAUAUCUAGAAAAAGAAAACAAUGGAUGGAAUCUGUUACUAAAGCUAAGCAACAUCUUAAGAAUGUUGAAUUUUUAAAUAAAAUAAAGGAAUUAGUUGAAAAUGAACCUAAUAUUUCUAUACAUGAUCUAAAGGUUUAUGCAGACAUAGGAUUGCAACGUGAAAUAAUUGGUGUUUUAUUAAAUUUUUCACCUGUUUGGUUACGUCUUGCUAUAGAAUGUAUAUUUAAUGUAGACUUAAAUAUCAUAGAUUACAGUACUAGUCAUAAUGUAUUUAUAACUUUUUUGACUAGAAAUGUUUUUUUAAAUCCAAGAAUUGUCAAUAGUAAAAAAUUUUGCCCUACUGGAACAAAAGCUUCAAUAAAUCAAUUGGGAAUGAAGGCGCUUCAACGUCAUUUUAUUACGAAAAUGAUACAAAUUCUUGUUGUUAUUGAAUAUCUUCAUAAAUUGGAUAUAAUUAAACCUGAAAAUCCUCCUAUGUUUUGUGCACUUUCGAGUUUUCAAUCAUCGAAGGAUGUUAUUGGGUGGAUAAGAAGAACAUUUAUAUCUAUGAAAUUCGAUUUAACCAAAGCUUUGAGUAAAAUUGGAGUUGUUUUCAAGUAUGAACAAACCUUCCAUGACAACUAUUCAUACGUUGUUAGAAAUAUUGAAACAGAUUUAUGUGAUGGAUUUAUUUUAGCUAAAGUUGUUGAGAGAAUUUUUAAAGUUGGUGAUAGAAAAUUAUUGUCAUUGUUACGUCCACCUAAUGGUGAUAGAUUGAGAAAAAUAGGAAAUGUUAAAGCUGUUUUAAAGUUUGUAAAAGAUCGUGAUUUAGAUGUUGGAAAUAUAAAAGCUGAAGAUAUUGUUCAAGGAAAAAUGUCUCAUAUUAUGGAGUUGUUAUGGAAGAUGAUUGGUGUGUUUGAAGUUCAAAAAGAUCAAUAUGAAAUGUUUCGUCGAAUGUCAAAGAAGAUAGCAAAACUCUCUUCCCACCUUGAUAAUCCAUGUUGUGUUAUUCCUCGAUAUCUCAAUGGAUUUGAUAUUAUUCUUCAUGUAGCAAGACAAUUUUCGGAACUUGUGGGUUUAAAGAUCAAUAAAAAAAUUGAAGACUUUGGCGAUGUGGAUUGGACGCUAGUAAAUUUGAGGGAGGAAAUGGGUAUUUCAAAAGAUUUCACUUCCUUGAAUGUUAUUAGACAUGGGGAUUACAGAACAUUUGAAUUAUUUGUAAAAAUCUUUAUGGAAAAAUGUUUCUUAAUUGUGGAAGUUGAAGAAUCUGCCUUAAUACUUCAACGAUUCUUUAGAAAUGUAGUAUUAAAAAAGAAUAAUAACAUGGUUAACCUAAAAGAUUAUUGUUGUAAAUGGUAUGAGCAGAAGAGGGAAAAGAAUAUUAUAGAAAAUAAAGCUGCUAUUAAGAUUCAAGCUGCAUACAAAGGUUUUAGAGGUCGACAACAAUUCCUUUACAUGAAGGCUUGCUCAACGAAAAUUCAAGCGUGCAUUAGAGGAUUUCUUGCAAGAAGAAGAAUUGAUAAACUACGUCAUAAAAUGCUUUCUUCUGCACUUAAGAUUCAACGAGUAUGGCGUAAUAUUUUAUUUAAAAGAAUUAUUAAAAAAGCUGUUGAAGAAAGAAAAAUAAAAAAAAAUAAUUAUUUAAGACAACAAGCUGCAGAGACUAUUCAACGUUCUUGGAAAUGCUAUAAAGCUAGAAGUUUAUUAGUGAAACUUCAAAAUGAUAAAGAAAUUAAAAGAAAUAAUUAUUUAAGACAACAAGCAGCAGAGACUAUUCAACGUUCUUGGAAAUGUUAUAAGGCUAGACGUUUACUAGUAAAACUUCAAAAUGAUAAAGAAAUUAAAAGAAAUAACUAUGUAAGACAACAAGCCGCGCAGACUAUUCAACGUUUUUGGAAAUGUUAUAAGGCUAGAUGUUUAUUAAUGAAACUUCGAAAUGAUAAAAAAAUUAAAGAAAAAUCUGCUCUUGUCAUUCAAUCUGCUUACCGCAAUUAUAUGAAUUUUAAAAGUAAAAAAAAUAUUGAAGAAGCGGAAACAUUUAAUAUACCCCCUUCAAAAAGAGCUACCAUGAAGGAUUCUGUUGAACAUUUUAGAAAUAGACUUGCUGUUUUUUACAUUGAAGAAAAAAGAAGUUUAGAGGACAGAAUUUUAGCUGCUACAAAAAUUCAAGCAUGGUAUAGAGGUGUUUCUGUUAGGCGUAAACUAUCUCAUGAAAUUAGUAGAAGACAAAUUAAGAUGAAAGAACUUGGAGAGGAAGUAGCCAUGAAUAAAAAUUUGAAUGUUGAAGAUCUUAAAGUUCCUGUAAAUAGUCGUUUCUAUAAAAUAUGUCAAAUGUUGGAUUCUGGGAAAAUUAAGUGUUAUUUAAAACCAUUUCUUGAGUUAGCUCGGCUACUACGUUAUACACCAAGCUUAGGAAUUCAUUUCGUUUUGGUUAAUGGGCAUAAAUCUCUCUCAUCAGCCAUUGGACGUCUUAAGAGAUCACCUCUGGAACAGGAAGUUAACUCAUUAUUUUCUGAAGUUCUUUACUACCUUUUAGUUGAAGAUUCAUGUUAUAAAUUUAUGAAAAGUGAAAUUAUUAAUAUUUCAAAUAUAAUAUGGCACUAUUUUUAUGCUCAUUAUACAAAUGCUGAUGUUGUCCAUUACCUUGGAAAUUGUAUUUUAAUUCUUAAAAAAAAGAAUGCACCACCAGAAUGUUUCAAGAAAGCAAACUUUUAUAUUAAUGAUAUGUCAAAAAGACUUGCUUCUUUACCAAAAGAUGAGAAAAGGCUUAAAAUGUUAAGAAGGUUACAAAGUGUUUUUGCAAAUAAAAAAGAAACGUGA